CGGGGGCGGCGGCCAAGGGAGGGGAAGGCGGGAGCCGAAGCCCAAGUUUUGCCCGUCGCCCUGAUGUGUCUGUUCCUGGGAGUUGGGGCGGAGGCCCGCCCUGGCUGAGGGGCCCUCCGGGGCAGCUGGGGUUACCUGCGGGGCAGGGGCGGGAUUGGGGUGCGCGGCGGGGCGGGGUGGCCGGGGCUGGGGCCGAUUCCCGCGUCAGGGCGGCCGGGAAAGCCGGAGACCUGGUGCCGGGAGGGCUUUCGCUGGGGACCCGCUAGGCCUUGUGACCCACUUUAUUCCUGUCACAACUCGGGCACGUUUGGAGCGGCGCCCAAUGGGGCGCCGGGGCGGCCAGCUCCUCCGGGGAACCCCCGCCCUCCCGGCGCCCGGCCCGCGCGCCUCCGUCCGCAGUCCGAGCGGCCGCCGCCGCCGCCGUGGGCUGGUUCCGUUAGUGGUCGUGGUUCCGGGGCUCGGUCCACAGGGAGCGCGCGGCCCCGCGCGCCCGGCUCGAGCGACGGCGCUGGUUCGAGGGCUCCCCGCGCGGCGCCGGGGCUUUGCUUCCUGCGAUCGCCCCCCGCCUCCCCGCUCCCUGUCAGCGCCGCCGCUGGCUUUUCCAGACCCCUUGCGCCGGCGAAGCCUGAGUCUCCGGACCUGGUCCUGGCGCUCUGGCCCCCGGUGUGUCACUGGCGGCACGUUGCGUCGCAGGGCUCACAUUCUUGAGCGUGUCUUCCCUGGUGUGAAAGUCGUCCUGUUAAUAGUGGGGAGCAGAAUCCUGAAAGAUCAAAGCCUCGGCCUAGACCUGGCGGAUGAGAGAUCGAAUCAGUGAAAGAAAAGCACAAGAAGUAAAGAAACUUUCACAGUGGUUGUUGAUUUGACUGUUACGCGGAUCCCCCCCCGAAUCGGAAAAAAGCAGGUUGAAAGUCAUGAUGCUAAUGGAACCCAAAGAAUAAAAUAUUUAACAUCAAGCUGCCGAAAUGUAGAAGCUGAUUCUGUCACAAUGUCAGAUGCCUUUGGAAAAUUCUACAUUCCUCUUAGAUGAAUCUUUAGAACUUGUCCAUCAAUCCUGAGUGUCAUUUUGAUGAAAUUUUAUGAAGUCAACACUUGUUUAACCAAUAUCAAGAUCAAGAUAUAGAACAUUUUCAUGAACCCAGGAGCCUCCUUCAUGCCCCCUAACAGUCAUCACAUACUCCGGAGAAUUCUGAGACUGAUGGUCAGCCAUAUAGAAGAAUACAUUGAACCUGUAGUUUUCUGAAGAAACAGUUCAAAAGAACCAAAAAAUACAAAAGGAGAAGUACAAAUGUCUACCACAAGACGAAAACGUAGUAUGUUAUGUUGUUUACCGUAAGCUGUAGUAAAAUGAGCUCGAUGAUUGACAGAGAUGAUGGUAGUAUUUUUGAUGGGUUGGUGGAAGAAGAUGACAAGGACAAAGCAAAAAGAGUAUCUAGAAACAAAUCUGAAAAGAAACGUAGAGAUCAAUUUAAUGUUCUCAUUAAAGAACUGGGAUCCAUGCUUCCUGGUAAUGCUAGAAAGAUGGACAAAUCUACUGUUCUACAGAAGAGCAUCGAUUUUUUACGAAAACAUAAAGAAAUUACUGCACAGUCAGAUGCUAGUGAAAUUCGACAAGACUGGAAACCUACAUUCCUUAGUAAUGAAGAGUUUACACAAUUAAUGUUAGAGGCUCUUGAUGGUUUUUUUUUAGCAAUCAUGACAGAUGGAAGCAUAAUAUAUGUGUCUGAGAGUGUAACUUCAUUACUUGAACAUUUACCAUCUGAUCUUGUGGAUCAAAGUAUAUUUAAUUUUAUCCCAGAGGGGGAACAUUCAGAGGUUUAUAAAAUACUCUCUACCCAUCUGCUGGAAAGUGAUUCAUUAACCCCCGAAUAUUUAAAAUCAAAAAAUCAGUUAGAAUUCUGUUGUCAUAUGCUUCGAGGAACAAUAGACCCAAAGGAGCCGUCCACCUAUGAAUAUGUGAAAUUUAUAGGAAAUUUCAAAUCUUUAAACAGUGUAUCCACUUCAGCACACAAUGGUUUUGAAGGAACUAUACAACGCACACACAGGCCUUCUUAUGAAGAUAGAGUUUGUUUUGUAGCUACUGUCAGAUUAGCUACACCUCAGUUCAUCAAGGAAAUGUGCACUGUUGAAGAACCUAAUGAAGAGUUUACAUCUAGACAUAGUUUAGAAUGGAAGUUCCUAUUUCUAGAUCACAGGGCACCACCCAUAAUAGGAUAUUUGCCAUUUGAAGUUCUGGGAACGUCAGGCUAUGAUUACUAUCAUGUGGAUGACCUAGAAAAUUUGGCAAAAUGUCAUGAGCACUUAAUGCAAUACGGGAAAGGCAAAUCAUGUUAUUAUAGGUUCCUGACCAAAGGACAACAGUGGAUUUGGCUUCAGACUCAUUAUUAUAUCACUUAUCAUCAGUGGAAUUCAAGGCCAGAGUUUAUUGUUUGUACUCACACCGUAGUAAGUUAUGCAGAAGUUAGGGCUGAAAGACGACGAGAACUUGGCAUUGAAGAGUCUCUUCCUGAGACAGCUGCUGACAAAGGCCAAGAUUCUGGGUCUGAUAAUCGUAUAAACACAGUCAGUCUCAAGGAGGCAUUGGAAAGAUUUGAUCACAGCCCAACCCCUUCUGCUUCCUCCCGGAGUUCAAGAAAAUCAUCUCACACAGCAGUCUCGGACCCUUCCUCAACACCAACAAAGAUCCCAACGGAUACUAGCACUCCUCCCAGACAGCAUUUACCAGCUCAUGAAAAGAUGGCACAAAGGAGGUCAUCAUUUAGUAGUCAGUCCAUAAAUUCCCAGUCUGUUGGUCAGUCAUUGACACAGCCAGUGAUGUCUCAAGCUGCAAAUUUACCAGUUCCACAAGGCAUGUCCCAGUUUCAGUUUUCAGCUCAAUUGGGAGCCAUGCAGCAUCUGAAAGACCAACUGGAGCAACGGACACGGAUGAUAGAGGCAAAUAUUCAUCGGCAACAAGAAGAACUAAGAAAAAUUCAGGAACAACUUCAAAUGGUCCAUGGUCAAGGUCUGCAGAUGUUUUUACAACAGUCAACCCCUGGAUUGAAUUUUGGUUCUGUUCAACUUUCUUCUGGAAAUUCAUCUAACAUCCAGCAACUCGCGCCUAUAAGUAUGCAAGGCCAGGUUGUUCAAACUAACCAAAUUCAAAGUGGAAUGAAUACUGGACACAUUGGCACAACUCAGCAUGUGAUACAACAGCAGACUUUACAAAGUACAUCAAGUCAGCAGAGUCAACAGAAUGUACUGAGUGGGCACAAUCAACAAACAUCUCUUCCCAGUCAGACACAGAACACUCUUACAGCCCCACUGUAUAACACUAUGGUGAUUUCUCAGCCGGCAGCUGGAAGCAUGGUCCAGAUUCCAUCUAGUGUGCCACCAAACAGUACCCAGAGUGCAGCAGUAACUACAUUCACUCAGGACAGACAGAUAAGAUUUUCUCAAGGUCAGCAACUUGUGACCAAAUUAGUAACUGCUCCUGUGGCUUGUGGGGCGGUCAUGGUACCUAGUGCUAUGCUUAUGGGUCAGGUGGUGACCGCCUACCCUACCUUUGCUACACAACAGCAGUCACAGACAUUGUCAGUCACACAGCAGCAGCAGCAGCAGCAGAGUGGCCAGGAACAGCAGCUUGCUUCAGUUCAGCAACCGUCUCAGGCUCAGCUGACCCAACCACCACAGCAGUUUUUACAGACUUCUAGGUUGCUCCAUGGGAAUCCUUCAACUCAGCUUAUCCUCUCUGCUGCAUUUCCACUACAACAGAGCACUUUCCCUCAAUCACAUCACCAGCAGCACCAGUCUCAGCAACAGCAGCAACUGAGUCGGCACAGGACUGACAGUCUGACUGAUCCUUCCAAGGUUCAACCACAGUAGCACACAUGCCUCCUCUCUGACCUCAAGGGAGGAAGGGUUGGCCCAUAAAGAGUUGCUCAGAUGAUCUGAGGACAGGAGGAAAAGUUGCAGCAGUUCAUGAGAUGCAGUAUUGAGUGUUCAAGUUCCUGGAAUUAGUUAAUGCUGCCUAGUGCUACAGAUGUCCAUUAAAUACCAGCCAGCAGGAGAUGAUCAUAGGGCCAUAGCCAAUUCUGACAGUGUUUUACUUGCCCAGAAAUUUUUUGAUGGAAAAAGAGUAUAUUGCCAAAUGUUUAGAAGCUCAGCUAUGAAACGUGACCUCCAGUGAAUCAGAAAGGCACUAACAAUGAUGUUAGUAACUUUUAGUGGUUCUGUGCCUGUUUUCAAGUGUUACAGAGGACACACCACUGCCAUGUCAGGGGUUUGCUUACAAUGAUGCCAUGAAGACAGUCCAGUAGACUCAGUAGGCCCCCUUCCCCAUCCCCUCUCCCUUUUCAGAUGAUGGAACAGUAAUGAAUUUCAGAAUGUUAUAUGGGUUUUAAUUCUCUAUGUACAGAUGCUGUAAAAAUAUUAUGUAUAUGUCUGGAUAAAAGGAGAGAAAGCAAAACAUUUUGUAUGCUGCAUGAAAGCAUUAUCUACUCCUCAUAGGUAUGAGUACAUUUCCUUAGAUCUUGAUGCCGUGUGCAAACUAAUGCAUCCUCCGUUUCCCCUUUUGUUUACAAAUGAUAGUGUUCACUUUUCCGGGGCACAAGUCUUUUUGUUCAUACUUUGGCUGUGAUGUCACAGUUGGUUCAGUGAGGUAUGAUGUGCUGCUGGGAAUGGAUUUUUUUUUUCAGGUUAAAUUAUUGAAACAACAGGAUUUACUCAGAAAUACAUCCCUCAUUUCAUUAUUUUUCAAUUAUGUUUGAAAAUAGGAUUUGCACUGCUUUAUUUUAGAUGGUUGGGAGUUUUGAUCACAUAUUUUGAUAUAGUUUGUAGUUGGAAAUAGUUGUGUAAAUGGUUUUCAACAAGCCUGAAAGUAAUUUCAAGAAUGUUUCAGUUACAGGAGUAAAAUUUGCACACAAAACAUUUUAGGCACUUUUUAACAUUCUCACUGGUGGGAAUUUUAACUUUUAGGAUUUGUUGGAAUCUUUUUAUUAUCCUUCACAAUUUCAAUGCUUCUUUUAGUCAGAAAUGAUUCAGGGUUAUUUGAGGGGAAAAAAAAAACCCAUAGUGCCUUGAUUUUGAUUCAGGUGAUAACUCACCAUCUUGAAUUCAUUUUCUGGUUUCAGUAGCAGUUUUGAAACCUUAGUACAUUUUUAAUUAGCAUGUGGGUAUCAGUGCCAUUAUUAUUCUCCUAAGUUCCUAUGAAGGCUGCUGUGAGUCUUUUGGACUGGAGGUACAAAUAAUUUAGAAACAAAAGGUGACAUCCUAACACUAUCAGAGUUACUAAUGUGGUUACAAAAUUGUUCUCCUAAAUCAGCAUCUUCCUUUAAAGCUAAGUAGUCAUUUAAGAAUUACCAGUUAAUAUUUGCUCAAUAUGAUCUUGAUAUUCCUACAGAGAAAAAAGGAGGAGUAGGAAUUGGCUUUACCUUCACUACAACGCUAGAAUAUUGUAACUCACAUGCUUUUUAAACAUGAACUAAGAUUUCAUUUGGCAAUAUCAUUCUAAAGGUAAUAAAUUCCAACAGAAAUUGCAUACAUAAAAAAAGCAUUUUAUAGAUUUUUAUGGUACUAAUAAUUAAAUUUGAAACUAUAGAGCAAAGGAAGAUUAAUGGAAAAUAUCUGAUUAGAAUAUCAAAAAUUAUUACUGAGGAAAGGGAAGACAACAAGCUGUAAUAAAUCAGAAUUGACCUUAAAAGAAAAUGUGUAACAGAAUUGAGGUUGUUAAACAGAAAAGGUUUUGAGCAGUGAAAAUACCCUAAUACAGAAUUGCUAGAUGAAGGAGUCAAAGAACUCUAAGUCAGUUCUUAAGACUUUUCUGUCCUCAGCUUUGCUAUCAUCGUUAAAGGAUAUCCUUUGUCUUUCUGUAGAAAACUACACCUAGCCACACUUAAAUUAGAACAUUAAUGUUGAAAGAGAAAACAACCAAAGAAAGUUGGUACCUACCCUUCUACAAAAGAAGUGUCACUAGAUACCAAUCAAUAAUUAACAUAUCAAGGAGCUCCUCCUCUAGCUAAAUGAUCAUCCAGAAGAGAUUUCUGACUUUCUCAUGAAUGUCAAGAUUAGUUGUCAGAAUGUGUGUACUUGAGCAUACAUACACAUACACAAAGAUAAAAUUGAUGUAGAAUAUGGCAACAGUGUUAAUUUUCUCCCCUUUCAAAUUGCCUUUCUUAACCUUCCCAUGCCAUUCCAUAUAUAUCUGAGUUGUGCCUCAUUUAUGUGUUGGUGAUAUCUAGUGAUGGGAUUUAGCUAACAAACAAUAGGAAGAACUGUUAUAUUAAGGUUUAUCCUCUAAGUACCAUACUUACAAAUGGUGAACCCUGUGAGUACUGUGUACUUAAAGUGGUUAACAAAGGCAAAGCAUAAGACAAGCCACAGGGCAAAUCUGUACUCUUUGUUUAUUCACAUACUGCUCUACCAGUUUCUUCAAGUAUUUUCCAUCCUCACAAAUAUUUGGGAAAGAAAAUUAGACAAAAUUUUGCUUUAUAACUCCUGUUGUCCCUCACAGCUCAUUGUUUUUCCCGCUUAGAACUGAUUGCGAAAAUUUUAAAGGAGCAGCUGGCUGCUUUUCCUUUGCUAUCAAUAUCAAGCAUUGUGGCGGCAGAGCUCGUCAGCACCAACUGCCUCUUAGCUCCUUCUUUAACUUUGUUUUCCUCCUGCUUCCCUUGAACCAGGACUGCAAAGCUGUCCCUGCCCCUCCCCCAUGAAUGGGGACUUGGGCGUCUGGUGAAGAUUCAGCAGGUGCCUGUUCUUCAUUUCUGUAGCCAAAGCUGUUAAUUAAAAUCCCAAAUCUAAGUCAUGAAAAAAUACCAAAUAAGAACACCUUUCAGCUACUUAAAAAUCAUAUCUUUCCUCUGCUUUAUUCUCACAGAUACUCAGUUUUUCUUAAAAACAUUUAUUCUGGGUGGCACUUCUUAGAUAAGAAACUGUUGAAGAUAAGGAAAAAUGUUAGCAGUUAGUUAUCUUGAUUUGGACUGCUGUGGGACUGGGUGAGUCAGUGUUAUUUUAACAACUACAUGCGGACUACAAGGAUUAAUAAAGUUGCUGCUGGGAAUAGUAUUAAAGCAGAACCGAGACACUCUGUUUUUUGAGUGGAAAAUAUUAGUGGAAAAGCAAAUAUGGACGAUGGGGGUAGCAUGUAGGUAAAUAUUACACUUCAGUCUCCAAAGUCUGUCCUAAAUUGAGGGGAUAAUUUGAGUCCUGUGCUCUGCUUUGUCAGUUAAAUCUGGUUUCAGAAUGUACUAGUAAUAAAAGGAUGCCAAUGACUUGUGCUAGUUUGCUGUGGAAUCCGCAGUGCAGAGUAGUGACGAUGUUGCUUGGGUUCUCCGUUAGGGCUGUGGUUGUGGGCCAUUGCCUUAAAGAGGUCUGCCCGCGGUUGGUUAAGGGCAGCGCAGCAGCACAGCUCUGUAAAGGGCACUGCACGUGAGGGAAGAUGAACCCUUGUUCAAGAAGCCUUAGAAAGGGGCCCCUUAAAAUACUACUCUAUUUGCCUGCAGUACACAGACAGGUAAAAAUUAUUUUAAACUGGAUAUUACUCAGCGUGUUUUAAAAUGUUUCCACUACACUGAGGUAAACUUUUUUUAAGUGGAAUGCAAAUAGCAUUUUAUUCUAGUAUUGCUCAUUUCUACUU